CAGAGACAUACAGAGAGAAACCCUAGACACCAAAGAAAAAAGAAAAAAGAAAAAGGAAUCGUGCCUCCUCCUCCUCCGCCCACUCGCCCCCUCAGAUCGCGUGAACAUCACAAACCAUUUUCUCUCCUCCUUCCCUCUCUCUCUCUAUCAUCCAUCUCCCCCCUUCCGCAGAUCGAAACGCCAACUCGCACCGAUUGGCGCGUGCCUCAUCCUCGCGACGAGAUUACAGCUUAUUGCUUUCGAUUCACCUCUCUGCUCCUCUUCGUUACAGGAAGUCAUGGACAUAGAUCUUCGACUACAUUCAGGCGACCUCUGCAAAGAAGGCGACGAUGAAGAACACAGAGGACUUGACAACGAAGACAUAGACAUUAGCAAAGUCGAGGAUGACGUCACCGUCGAGGUACACACCGAUAACAACAGCACUGCAGCAGGCAUCACUCUUCCAGAGCACAACACACAACAACAAGGCGUGAACCUUGAACCGCUUAACGGCAUGGAGUUCAACUCGCACGGCGAAGCGUAUACCUUCUACCAAGAGUACUCUCGAACCAUCGGCUUCAACACUGCGAUACAGAACAGUCGCAGGUCGAAAACCACGAGAGAGUUUAUCGACGCCAAGUUCGCUUGCUCUAGGUACGGUACUAAACGGGAGUACGACAAGUCUUUCAACCGGCCGAGAGCUAGGCAGAGCAAGCAGGAUCAUCCUGAAAACAACAUGUCUGGUCGGAGGACGUGUGCCAAGACUGAUUGUAAAGCGAGUAUGCACGUUAAGAGGAAGCCUGAUGGGAAGUGGGUGAUUCACAGCUUUGUGAGGGAUCAUAACCACGACCUUUUGCCUGCUCAAGCUGUGAGCGAGCAGACGAGGAAGAUCUACGCUGCGAUGGCUAAGCAGUUCGCUGAGUACAAGACUGUCAUCAGCUUGAAGAGUGAGUCCAAAACUUCUUUUGAGAAAGGUCGGAGUUUGUCUGUGGAGACUGGGGAUUUCAAGGUUCUCCUUGACUUCUUGUCGCGGAUGCAGAUUCUGAACUCCAACUUCUUUUACGCGGUGGAUCUUGGUGAUGAUCACAGGGUGAAGAAUGUGUUUUGGGUUGAUGCCAAGAGCAGGGUUAACUAUGGCAGUUUUUGUGAUGUUGUUUCUCUUGAUACUACCUAUGUGAGAAACAAGUACAAGAUGCCACUUGCUAUUUUUGUUGGUGUGAACCAGCAUUACCAGUAUAUGGUCCUUGGGUGUGCUUUACUAUCUGACGAGAGCGCAGCUACAUUCUCUUGGCUAAUGGAGACCUGGCUGAGAGCGAUGGGUGGACACGCUCCGAAGGUUUUGAUCACUGAGCAAGAUCCUCUGUUGAACUCCAUUGUCCCUGAGGUCUUCCCCAAUACACAGCAUUGCCUUUUCCUUUGGCAUGUCUUGAUUAAGGUAUCUGAGAAUCUUGGUCAAGUCGCUAAGCAACAUGAGAAUUUUACAGCGAAGUUUGAGAAGUGCAUCUAUAAAUCAUGGAAGGAGGAAGACUUUGCGAGGAGAUGGUGGAAGAUUCUUGCUAGAUUCGGUCUCAAAGACGAUCAAUGGAUGCAGUCUUUAUAUGAAGACCGAAGGAAAUGGGCACCGACCUACAUGACCGAUGUUCUUUUGGCAGGGAUGUCUACGUCUCUGAGAGCUGACAGUGUUAAUGCUUUCUUCGACAAGUACUUGCACAAGAAGACGAGCGUACAGGAGUUUGUGAAACUGUAUGAUACGAUUUUGCAAGAUAGAUUUGAAGAAGAAGCCAAAGCUGAUUCGGAAACAUGGAACAAGCCACCAGCGAUGAAGUCCCCAUCGCCAUUUGAGAAGAGUGUUUCCGACGUCUAUACUCCUGCUGUAUUCAAAAAGUUCCAGAUCGAAGUUUUGGGUGCAAUCGCGUGUAGUCCCAGGGAGGAGAACCGAGAUGCAACGUGCUCUGCUUUUAGAGUUCAGGAUUUUGAAAACAACCAGGACUUCGUGGUUACAUGGAGCCAAGCAAAGGCUGAAGUCUCUUGCAUGUGUCGGUUAUUUGAGUAUAAAGGCUAUCUAUGCAGACACACGCUUAACGUUCUCCAGUGUUGUCAUCUUUCUUCCAUCCCCUCUCAGUACAUAUUGAAACGGUGGACCAAAGAUGCAAGAAGCCAGCAUUGUCCAGGAGAACCUCAGCAGUUGCAGACGAGGCUCCAGAGGUAUAAUGAUUUGUGCCAGAGAGCUUUAAAGCUGAGUGAAGAGGCAUCCAUCUCUCAAGAGAGUUACAAUAUUGCCUUCCUUGCUAUUGAAGAAGCUUUGGGGAACUGUGCUGGUGUUAAUACUUCCGGCAGAAGUCUUCCAGAUGUGGUCGCUUCGCCAACACAAGGUCUGAUAUCCGUCGAGGAGGAUAAUCAGAGCAGAAGUGCAGUCAAGACGACGAGCAAGAAAAAGAAUCCAACUAAGAAAAGAAAAGUGAACUCAGAGCAGGAGGUAAUUCCAGUUGCAGCGCCAGAAAGCUUGCAACAGAUGGAUAAGUUAAGUCCAAGGACAGUUGGCUUAGAAAGUUAUUAUGGAACACAGCAAAGCGUGCAAAAUCUGGUCCAGCUGAACUUAAUGGCGCCAAAUCGCGAUAACUUUUAUGGGAAUCAACAAACAAUCCAAGGAUUGCGACAGUUGAACUCAAUAGCACCAAGCUACGACAGUUACUACACUGCUCAGCAAGGCAUCCAUGGACAGGGAGUAGAUUUCUUCCGUCCUCCCAACUUUACUUACGAUAUCCGGGAUGAUCCUAAUGUGAGGACGACACAGUUGCAUGAGGACGCGUCUAGACACACUUAAACCAGGCUAAAACCUAACCAAGGUUCAAAUCUUAAAGAGCGUCCGUCCCUCUGUAGACAAAAAGCCAACAAGCACUUGGAAGAUGAAGCUCAUUUCUCGAUCAGGUUUUGGAAACAGAACAAGGAGCAUUUCUUGUUUUAUCGGCUCAAGUGUUUAAAUAGGAUAUGGUGUAUUGUUUCGGUUAUAAAGAUACCGCUUCUGUUAAUAUUUGGUCGUGUGUGUAUUAGUUCUUGAUGAUCCCCAAAAAGCUUUUGAUCAUUGAUUGUUCGAAUUUAGAGGAGGGGGAAACAUUUGUUUAGAAGAUAUUUAUCUAUUUAUAAACUCUUGUUAAUUCUUUU